CCAACACCGCACCGGCCUCGUCAUGGAAGCUGGGGCCUGUCACUACCACCAUGUGCAUUAUCAUCCUUAGCACAUGUGCAGUAAAUCAAUUGAUUACAGCGACAUAACGAUCUAUCCCUCAACUUUUUAGACCCAUCCAUUUCCCAUCCUCGCGCACGGACGCACAUCUCCCCCGAUCGGAGCAGUUCUUCGAUGCGCCGGAGCUGACGACGAACAUGGUUUCGACGGCCGAUGGUCCAGCGCAGGACGCAAACAACCCUGAGACCGAGAACUCCGCAAUUUCGCCGCCGCCGUCGUCUUCAUUGCAACAGCCCUCCGUUUCCGCGGAUCGCGAAUCCGAGGCAGCUCAGGAGGAAGAGCGACCCCCGCCCUUACCCCCGCGACCGAACACCUUGCGCCUCCUGGAUGAAGGAGGCGCCUCGCUACGCACAUCCCGCCCUGGAGCACCGACGAACCUCCAGUCCAGAGCUACAACAGCGGUCUCCUUGACGGAUAUCGGUUGUCACGAUGCGGGGAAAGAGAGUCACGUUGUGCGCGAAGGCUCGGAGACGCUGAAGGCCCAGGCGAGUCUUAAUCACCUGACAAGUUCCCGCGGGAGCGAGACUGGAGACACGGCGAGUAUCCGCAGCUCGGGACCUCAAGGGGAUAUCGGUGAUGUGGAGAAUGUCUUUGGGGACUUUGUCGCGACCGAUACUGGUCUCAUCCGCAAGCAUAGCACGGGGCUCCUCCAAUUCCCCGAGUUCCAAGCGGAUGACGUGGAGGACGACUUCGCAAGCGAGUUUGAGCCCGUGGGAGAGGUGGAUGAGGAGGGGGGAAAUGAAGAGGAAGUCCUUGCGAAUUGGAAAGCGAAACGGAAACACUAUCUUAUCCUCUCGGCUGCUGGCAAGCCGAUCUGGACACGGCACGGGGAUGGAGGACUUAUAUCCACAUAUAUUGGUGUCAUCCAAACGAUCAUCUCGUUCUACGAGGACUCCAAGGACCCUUUGAGCAGCUUCACCGCGGGAGAUACCAAGUUCGUGAUAGUAACAAAGGGGCCCCUGCACCUUGUCGCCAUCAGCCGGAUGCUGGAGAGCGAUACACAGCUCAAGCUCCAGUUAGAAGCUUUGUACAUGCAGAUCCUAUCAACGCUAACCCUGCCCUCUCUCACGCAUCUUUUCUCCAUCCGCCCUUCGACCGACCUGAAGCGGCCCCUCCAAGGAUCGGAGACGCUUCUAUCCACCUUAGCCGACAGCUUCACCAAGGGAUCCCCCUCCACGCUACUCUCGGCGUUGGAAUGCCUGAAAAUCCGCAAAUCCCACCGUCAAGCCAUCAACAACACCCUCUUAAAGACAAAAGUCAGUAGCCUGCUUUACGGCCUGGUCGUCGCCGGCGGCCGGCUCGUCAACGUCGUCCGGCCGAAAAAACACUCCCUCCACCCCGGGGACCUCCAACUCCUAUUCAACAUGAUCUUCGAAGCCGAGGCCGUCAAGGCCGGUGGCGGCGAAAGCUGGAUCCCCGUCUGCCUCCCGGGGUUCAACAGCAGCGGCUAUCUGUACAUGUACGUCAGCUUCCUCGAUCUUCGCGAUGACGCAAACGCUGCCACCAACGAUACAACAACAACCACCAAAGAGGAAUCUGUCGCCAUCGUCCUGAUCAGUGCCGACAAGGAAAGCUUUUUCGAGUUGCAGGGCAUGCGCGAUGCAUUCGUAGAGGUAUGUGUAUUCAACCUCUCCAAUCCACCAUAUCACCACCAUCACCCGUGUCAGCGUCCAGAAGCUAAUGGCUGUCGGGCCACCAGCAAAUGGAGAGAAACGGCAGCAUCAAGAUCAUCAAAGAAGCCGUCGCGAAAGGUCGCCCCAGCACGACGGACAUCGUCCCGGGGACGGUCUUGCAUCACUUCUUGUACAAGUCGCGGGCGAAUGUCCAGUUCACUAUGUCGUCCUACGACCCUGAGUUUUCCACUGUCUCGCGCCGGCGAAGAUUGAUGUCAACCUACAACAACCUUCAUGCGAGCAUUCAUGCCAAACAUACGCACGUCAAAGUCCACCAUUGCGUGUCCCAAUCGUCUAGCUCC